UCCCGUGACUUGUCCCAGCUUCUGCCAACCUAGCCAUUCAAAAGCAUGUAAAAAAUGCAAGUAGAAAAAAUAGGGACCCCAUUGGUGGGAACAGCGUUCCAUGCACCUUUGGCAUUGAGUCAUGCCGGCCACAUGACCACGGCGACGUCUUUGGACAGCACUGGCUCUUUGGCUUUCAAACGGAGAUGACCACCCGCCCCCUAGAGUCGGGAACGACUAGCACAUAUGUGCGAGGGGAACUUUUACAUUUACCUUUUCCAAGGGAAUAUUAGAGGAAGGGUCUCCAACCUUGGCAACUUUAAGACUUGUGGGCUUCAACUCCCAGAGUUCCUCAACCAGCUUUGGAGUUGAAGUCCACUAGUCUUAAAGUUGCCAAGGUUGGAGACUCCUGUCUUAAGAGGGUCUUUUUCUUUUCAAAAGACUUUGCUUUAGUCAUACGAAUCUUUCCAGAUUUAUAGUGCAAUCACUGGAUGGUGAAAUGUCCUAAUGGUGCAACUUAUUCCAGAUCUGUGCAAGAUUGCAGCCUCAAAAGUCCAGUGAUCCAGUUUGCUUUUCUUACAGAAUGGUUAUAAAAAGCCGUUCUAUUCUAAUGCUUUCCUAAAGUGAAAUGUAGGGACAGUUGACAGUGGGAAAGGUUAGGAAAAUUAGGAUUGUUUGGGGAGAAGGAGUGGCACCUUGGGGCUGUGUUUGGGCCGAAAAAAAGCAGAUGGCAUGGUAACCCUAAGCCUCUUGCGAAAAAGAUUUAUUCAGAUUUACAGAAUGUCUAUAUAGGGGGCUGAUGUCAUUGGCCAACUAAGAUGGGGGGCAGAAUUUACUACAGCUCAACUAAGCAAAGAUUAAUAAAAUGGAGCAGCUGGUCUUUAUCCUUAGUUGUUUGUCUAUCAAAGUUAUUUUUGUAAUGAAUGCCUUUCUUGUGAAAAAAAAGAAGUGUGUAUAUGUGUCUUAAUGCCUAGAAUAGAAGGUGGGAGAAAUGUAAGGCAUGGAUCGCUAAAGAGAGAAAUGUGACAACUCAGGGGGCUCUCUAGACACCCUCCCUAAAAAUAUAAGUAUAUUAUUAGUUGGAUGCUAGCAAAGAGCCGUCCAGAAUAACCCAGAACGUACAAAACUCCACCCCCAUUUAGUCCUGGAAGCUUGGACCCGUUAUUAUUUUGCUUUGCUUGGAGCUCAUAAACAAAGAUUUCCCAGCAUUGAGAAGAGAAAUGAGAGGUGCAGAGUUGAAAAGACCCUUGUGCUUCUCAUAGCCAUUGGAUUAUCCUUGUGUGGGUUCUCUCAAAUCAAAAAUAAUAAUUGUAGUUUCUAUUCUGUCGAAUAGAAACGAGGAAGAGGAGGUUUCUCUCCCCCCCAUUUUUAACCUCAACAAUUAGGAAAUAUAACAGUAAUUACUAAACUUUUGAGCAACGUAUUGAGUUUCUAAUUUAAAAUACAGGGUGUACUGUUAAUGUAACCGUCAAGGCUCUGCAAUGCUUUGGAGUCCUUGUCUGUGGCUCUUUAAAGCAGCUGCAUCAUCGGCAGCUACAGGAGGCUGUGUGUAAAACAUCUGCUGUGUUUUGCUCAAGUCUUAAGGGUAGGUAUGUCAAAGCCCUCCCCACAGCGAGAAAAACAGGAUGCAGCGGUCGCUUCGAAUAGGAGCGUUUCAGAUAAAGCAAAUAUAAUCCUGGAACCUGCCAAUCAGAUGGACAAAGUAGUCUAACGAGGCAAAGAUGUCGGAUUCUUCAAAUCUUUGCCAGACAUAGUUUUUUGGGGUUUUUUUGGGAUGAUGGGCUAAUUUUAAAGCUUCCAGCUGUUGCUUCUGCAAUCAUGAGGGCUAUCCAUUUCUGUCACUCAAAGCCAAGAAAUUUGCAAUAUGUAGGAGGGUGAUCAAAGUCACUUAGCAUCCAGUUUGAGUGGGAUUUCACUUGUUGGAUGUGAAUUCACAUCCAGGGCCUCUGGUGGCUCAAUAGACUAAUGCAGUCUGUUAUUAACACAGCUGCUUGCAAUUACUGCAAGUUCAAGUCCCACCAGGCCCAAGGUUGACUCAGCCUUCCAUCCUUUAUAAGGUAGGUAAAACGAGGACCCAGAUUGUUGGGGGGCAAUAAGUUGACUUCGUAUAUAAUAUACAAAUGGAUGAGACUAUUGCUUAACACAAUGUAAGCCGCCCUGAGUCUUCGGAGAAGGGCGGGAUAUAAAUUCAAAUAAAAUUUAAAAAAAUUCAGAUUCUCCCUUGCUGGCGAUGUUUGCUUGUUGAAUCUCUUUUGGACCAGCGUACCCGCAUAGGCUGGAACUGCCCCAUGGAACUCCUGGGAGAAGGGAGAGGAUACUAGCAGGUGGGGGUCAAAAGAGAUGAAAAAGAGGAUAUAGAUGAGUGGGAUGGGCCCGAGGGUGAGAUAAAACACGUCAUCAGUUCAGAGUUCUUGUGCAGCCACAAGAGCUCGACUCCUGUUCCUGAUCACUUGAGCCUGACAGAAGAUACAAGGAUGUGAUGAAUAAUCUGCGUCUCUUCAGCAAUUCACCUUGAUCUUUCCUCCCAAUCAGGGCAGUUUUCCUCAUGCGGUGCUCCUCCCUAAUACAUUCACCUUUGCUCCCUCCUCUCCAGCAGAUGAAUACUACGCUAUACACCAACCGGUCUUCUCCCACCCCGGAAAAGCUCCUGACCUCCAGCAUGGUGGCUACGUCGUUCCAUUUCUUCUCUCCGUUGAUGGUCUCUGGCCCUUUAAUCGUGGAGGACGGUUCCCAGCUGAGGGCCGAUCAGAAUCACUCCCAGGAGACCCAGUCCCUCUUUUUGACCACUUCCACGGCAAAAGCCAUCUCAGGACUGUUUGUCUGGACGGCCCUGAUCCUUACUUUCCACCAGAUCUACUUGCACCUGAAAAAUUACACCAUUCCCAAUGAGCAGCGUUACAUCAUCCGGAUUCUCUUUAUCGUCCCCAUCUAUGCCUUCGAUUCCUGGCUUAGCCUCCUGCUAAUCGGCAGCCACCAGUACUACGUUUACUUUGACUCGGUGCGGGACUGCUACGAAGCCUUUGUGAUUUACAGCUUCCUCAGCCUCUGCUUUGAAUAUCUUGGAGGAGAAAGUACCAUCAUGGCGGAAAUCCGAGGGAAGCCCAUUGUUUCUAGUUGUCUCUACGGAACUUGCUGUCUCCGAGGGAUGUCUUACUCCAUUGGGUUUCUUCGCUUCUGCAAGCAGGCCACCCUGCAGUUCUGCAUCAUCAAACCGGUCAUGGCCAUCCUCACCAUCGUUCUCCAAGCGUUUGGGAAGUACCAUGAUGGCGAUUUCAACAUCCACAAUGGAUACCUCUACAUCACCAUCAUCUACAACUUCUCGGUCAGCCUGGCCCUCUACGCCCUCUUCCUCUUCUACUUUGCCACCAUGGAUUUCCUGAGACCUUUUGAGCCAGUCCUGAAGUUUCUCACCAUCAAGGCGGUCAUCUUCCUCUCCUUUUGGCAAGGGAUGCUCCUGGCCAUCUUGGAGAAAUGUGGGGUCAUCCCAGAAGUUCAGAUCAUUGACGGGAAGGCGGUGGGAGCUGGCACCGUUGCAGCCGGCUACCAGAACUUCAUCAUCUGUAUUGAAAUGCUGUUUGCUUCCAUUGCUCUCCGUUACGCUUUCACAUGCCAGGUUUACCAAGAGAAAAAGGAAAGCGCCACAGUAGGCCUGGCCCCUUUGCAAAGCAUUUCCAGCGGGCUGAAGGAAACGAUGAGUCCUCAAGAUAUCGUCCAAGACGCCAUCCACAAUUUCUCCCCGACCUACCAACAAUACACGCAGCAAUCCAUGCAGGAGACGGAAGGCGGGCUCGGACAGAACGGCCACGCGAGUCCUCCGGUGGAGGCCUCGCAGAGCAAGAAGACGAAGAGUCUUGAGAAACGGAUGCUCAUCGUCUCCGACGACGAACUGUGAAGAGGCGCCUGGAAGGAAGGAGAGUUUGUGGUUUCAAGGUCUUCUCGCCUCUCUCCAGUCCAGCAGCUGCCAACUGAAUCAGACUCCAUUGUCGAACGAAGCAACGGAGGCGUCUCAUUCUUGUUCUCAGUGGGCUGUUGAGGGAAGACACCGCCAGACGUAGGGUUGACCUCCUAAAUACAGCCAGAUCUGCCCUUAUUUCUUGUGGUGGGUGGCAAAAACAUCCAGGAGUUUCUGAUGCACUUAUUGUUGGUCGUGGUGCAGCCUGUGGAAAACAGAAUUUCUCAAUGGACGCAGCUCCUCACAUUCCCAGUGCAUGGAGAUAAUACUGAUUAUUGGCAGACAAGGAAUAAGGCAAUAUAGGAAUGGACGAAAUUGGAUGAAACCAACAUUUUCAUUCAGCAAUUGCAGCUCAAUCCCAUUGAAACUGGAUUCCCAUUAUUAUUAUUGUUAUUAUUUUGAUCCAAUCCACUGGGAUGGGAAUUAAUAGCUCACAGCCCCAGAGAAAUAAAAGCACUUUUCUUCUUUCCAACACAAGGUGCUGCAGCAGGGUCAGAAAUUAUAGCGCCAGAUUCCUUUACGAAGUUGCACCCAGGCUGUCAAAGGUGAUCUGAUCCUAGAACGUAUCUUGGGUGCCAGAGGAGUUGUGACUUCAUCUUGGAAGAAGAGGCAUUGCGUUAUGUUGAAAGUGUGAAUGUGUCAAUAUAAUGUAACUUCUUCCUUUCUGGAGGGUCCCGUGUCCCGAGGGAUGGUUAUGAAUCGCGUGUCAAUCUGUACAUUUCAAAAAAAUUUAAAUUAUAAAAAUAUUUGUAUUACUUUUUC